AUGAGUUCGCAAAGCUACGCGGACGCCAUCAGCGGCCCUGGACCUCAUGGAGUGCCGGAGUUGUCAGGGGUAUUGCCCGACGGGCCCGAGCGCGGGGUGCCCUCCUCUGCGCGCGAAACAACUGAGGUGGUCAUGCCGGCUGCGCACGAGCUCAUCAUAGUCUCUUGCUACACUCGCUUUGAUAAUCUUGCCCACGGGCCACGUGGCACAGAGGCCAGAAGGAGCCUCUACACUUUCUGCCUGGACAAGAACGAUGGGGAGCUGGUCUUAUUUUCCGUCACAACAGAUGAUAGCGUCAUGAACCCGGCUUUCUCACGCUUCGACUCACAGAGGAACCUUUUGUAUACAUGCACCGAGUCUGUGGCGGAGCCAGGAGAGAUUGUCACAUACUCCGUAGAUCCACGCACUGGGAAGCUUGUCAAGCUUGGAUGCCAAUGUGCUGGAGGCACCUCCACGUGCUACCUGACCUUGGACAAGGAGAGCAAGAACAUGCUGGUUGUGAACUACUGGAAUGCCACCAUUGGCGUGUUUGGCAUCGAUUCCGACUCUGGCGUGGUUGGUGAAGCCAAGAGCGUCUACGAUCCAAACAGCGGCAAGGGUAUGAAGGUCAGCUACACCAAGCAUGUGAACCACUCCGAGAAUGACACACACGCACAGAAGGAGAGGCAAAGCGACCCGCACUCACACGCAGUCAUUUUGGAUCCGUACUUUGGCAAGAUUGCGUAUGUUCCUGACCUGGGCAUGGACCUGAUCAGGCAGUUCAGGUUCAAUCCGCAGAGCGGUACUUUGGAAGCUGCUGGCACCUGCAGGUCUGGCCCCGAGAGCAAGUCCCUGGGCCCGCGGUACAUUGAGUUCCACCCCACGCUGCCCUUCGCGUACGUCGUCAACGAGCUCUCCUCCGAGGUGUCUGUCUUUCAGUUCGAUCACCAAGCAGCAGAACGUCUUCUGAGCAGCUCGGAUCCUUCUAAAGAAGAGUCCACUCUGCGCCUGGUGCAGACUGUGAGGACGAUUCCAGAUGCCUGGCCCGGUGACAUGAACACAUGUGGUCGGAUCACAGUGCACAAGUCCGGCCACUUUGUGCUGGUGUCCAACCGAGGACACAACAGCAUCACUAUCUUCAGAGUCCAUCAUGAGCUGGGAAGUCAAGGCUUGCUUUCUUUGGCGCACCUUCAGCACACUCGUGGGGCCACCCCACGGCACUUCCAGUUUGACAGCUCAGGCCAGUGGCUCAUCUCGGCCAAUCAGGACUCGGACACGAUCUCCGUUUUCCGCUUCAACAUUGCUACCGGUGCCAUGGAGUGGACUGGCAACGAGUACCAUGUGCCAUCACCCAACUUUGUGUGCAGCGCAAGGCCGCAGAUGCGACUUUCUGCUCGGGCGCAAGCUUCCAGAGAAGGUGCCACUUUGAACUGUUGAUUUCGGCCAAUCCGCAGCUGCCAUUGCGGCUCUGAGGUGCUAUGCCACUGUCGAGGUUGUGAGGC